CCAGUUUCACACUUCCUUCUCUCUCUCUCUCUCAUUCUCACUUUCUCUCUCUUCAACCUCAGAGAAACAGAGACUCACACUCCCAUCUCAAUCAAUCAUCCAUUCAAUCUCACUCCCCCAUCCCUUCCCUUCCCCUCCUCUCCAUCGCCGACGACAAUCAGGAAAACCGAAUCCUCACCGCCACCGCCCCGCCGCGAUGUCGCUGGGCAAGCUGAUGAAAGAGCGGACCUUCGGAUUCGCCUUAUUCCUCUUUCUCUUCCUCUUCCUCAUCUCCAUCACCUUCUUCUUCCUCUCCAGCGGCAAAACCGUCGACCUCCCUUACUACUUCUCCCUCGCCGGUCGCUCCGACGUCUCCACCACCGAGCCUUCCGACGCCAACGACGCUCCCGUCCCUCCCGGCAAGGACUCCCCCGCGCUCAAGGCCAGAAAGUCCAACUUCCCCACCCCGCCGGCCCUCGACAUUGCGUGGCGCCCCUGCGAGGGAGUCCUGGCGGCGGAUUACAUCCCCUGUUUGGAUAAUUACAAGGCCAUCAAGAGGCUGCCAACCAGAAGGCACAUGGAGCACAGGGAGAGGCACUGCCCUAAACCGGCGCCGCUAAGGUGUUUGGUUCCUCUCCCCAAAGGAUACAAGCGCCCUCUGCCUUGGCCUAAGAGCAGGGACAUGAUAUGGUACGACAAUGUGCCACAUCCUAAGCUUGUGGAGUACAAGAAGGAUCAGAACUGGGUGCGCAAGGAAGGCGAUCAAUUUGUAUUCCCUGGAGGUGGGACUCAGUUCAAAGAUGGCGUCUCCAACUACGCCAGCUUCAUUCACAAGACGGUGCCAAUAAUCCAUUGGGGAAGACAGAUAAGGGUGGCUCUAGACGUAGGUUGUGGUGUGGCUAGCUUCGGCGGAUACUUGCUGGACAAGCAAGUCCUUACCAUGUCGAUAGCGCCCAAGGAUGAACAUGAAGCGCAGAUUCAGUUUGCUCUCGAGAGAGGGAUCCCUGCGUUUCUUUCGGUGAUCGGGACGCAGCAGCUCGUGUUUCCUGAUAAUGCUUUCGAUCUGGUUCAUUGUGCUCGUUGCAGAGUUCACUGGGAUGCCGAUGGUGGGAAGCCGCUUCUGGAGCUCAACAGGGUUCUGAGACCUGGAGGUUUCUUCAUAUGGUCAGCCACGCCUGUGUACCAGGACGAUCAAAGAGACGCCAAAGUUUGGAAAUGUCAGAUUCCUUUCUCCCCAAUUACUAAUUUACACGCUGCUGCAAUUAUCACCAUGACAAUCAGUUCGAUGCUAUUUUCUCAUCCGUUCUUAGCCUAUACUGCAGCUGUAUCUGCUUUGACUGAAGCUAUGUGCUGGAAAGUUGUGGCCAAGACAAUGGACUCAACCGGAAUUGGAUUGGUAAUCUAUCAGAAACCAGAGAAUCCUUCUUGCUAUGAGAAACGCCCACAGAAUAAUCCUCCUCUGUGUGAUCAGAACGAUCAGCACAACAUUUCAUGGUACACACCUCUGCUAAACUGCAUUACAAGGCUCCCGCUAGACAAACAAGGCAAAGUCAUUAAGUGGCCAGUAACAUGGCCUUACAGGCUCAGCAGUCUCCCUGUGUCCAUGCCGUUGGAACCAGGGGUUGUAGAACAGUACAAAGCAGAUAACAGACGCUGGACCGAACUUGUAUCCGAUACUUACCUCAUGAAACUCAACAUCAGCUGGCCUAGCUUUCGCAACAUCAUGGAUAUGAAUGCCGGCUAUGGAGGGUUUGCUGCAGCAUUGAUUGAUCUUCCGUACUGGGUGAUGAACGUUGUUCCGGUUCAUGAGGAAGACACUCUCAGCAUCAUCUACGACAGAGGGUUGAUCGGAGUCUACCACGAUUGGUGCGAGUCAUUCAACACUUACCCUCGAACAUACGACCUUCUCCAUUCCAGCUUCCUCUUCAAGGCUCUAUCGGAAAGAUGUGACCUGAUAGAUGUCGGGGUAGAGAUUGACCGGAUAGUAAGACCUGGUGGGUAUCUUCUCGUCUUUGACACCAUAGAAAUGAUCAACAAGCUCACUGCAAUAUUGAAGUCGCUUCAUUGGUCGGUAAAAAUCCAUCAAGCUCAGUACUUGGUUGCCCAGAAAAGUCUCUGGCGCCCCACCAGUUAAAAUCAAUUACUGUACUGCAGCAGCACUAUAGAAUCAGUCAAACUCUAGGCAAGCUCAAGGUUCUGGCAAUCGGUGGUGAAGUUGUAGGAGAGACGACGAUCUUACAUGUCUUCUUUAUUCUUCCUCUACGACUCCGAGUUCUGUAAGUGUAGAAAUACCACAGUUACAAGAAAAGAAAGCACACACUAUACGUCAUAGCAACAACGAAAAAAACAGAGGACGGUUCGACAUCAGAUGUUCGUGUCCUGUCCUGUAAAUCUAAGCCUGCUCUGUUUGUAGAACUCCCAAUUUUGAGAUACCAGAAAUAAUACAAGUACCUCCAUUUCAUUCAAUUAGCUGCUAACUUUCAGUCUGAUUUACUUCGAAUUUGUACCCCAAU